AUGGUUGAUUGUGGUGUGCCUCCUGAUAUUGUGACCUACAACAUUCUGUUGGAUUGUCUGUGUGCUAACGGGAAGAUAGAGAAGGCGAUGGUGAUAGUAGAGGACCUGCAAAAGAGUGAAAUGGAUGUUGAUAUCAUCACGUAUAACAUCAUUAUUCAAGGAAUGUGUAGAGGUGGUAAAGUGGAAGAGGCUUGGUGUUUGUUUUGUAGCCUCACUCUCAGAGGAGUGAAGCCUGAUGCCAUAGCAUAUAUUACUAUGAUAUCAGGAUUGUGCAGGAGAGGUCGGCGGCGUGAAGCGGAUAAGCUCUGUAGAGAAAUGAGAGAAGAUGGGAUUAUGCCAAUUGGGUGCAUGAAUAAUGAGACACUUAGAGAUCAGGACACGAGCUCAUCAGCUGAGAUCAUCAAAGCAAUGAAUGAGUAG